AUGGGAGGACAUGAGUCCCACCGUCUUCCAUUCCUCCCUUCCGACGCAAUUAUUCCUACCCUCAAAUCGGAAAGAACGAUCGUCAGCGCCACAGUUUCGAGCCUAAUAUCAACAUUUGCUGGCUAUCCACUCGAUUCAUUAAAGAGUAGGCUUCAAGCUCGUCGGACUCCGAUCACAGUUUUUAGCCCUCCAGGCAUCGGUAUAUGGAGAGAGGAAGGUGUCGCUGGAUUUUUUCGAGGCAUCUGGAUACCUCUCUUCACAAUAUCAGCCGUAAGGGCUGCUUCUUUUACAAUCUAUACAGGAACGAAGGAGGCACUGCAGAAGGCCCAUUGGCUGGACAAUCGUCGUCUUACACAUGUCGUGUUAGCUGGAUGGUUUGGUGGUGCCAUUAGCGGCUCCGUUCGACGGCAGUUGGAAUUUUCCAUUGCUGAGAAGCGAGGUGUAGUGCUUCAUAAGGCCCCUUCAACUGCAGCUUCCGUGCUAGAUAUAGUACACCAAAGUGGAGUUCGUGGGCUGUACACAGGUUUCCACUUGCAUCUGUUGCGUGACACGCUUGGGACGGCGAUGUACUUUGCGGAGUAUGAUUGCUUUCGCCGUAUAUUAGGAAGACUCCCCUCCGGUGCCCAAGGGCCGCAACCUGCCUGGUUGCCUUUCCACCUCCCUGACUCACUACUCCCUUUUUUGUGCGGAAGCUUUGCUGGCGUGUCCAGCUGGGCAAUCAUAUAUCCGUUGGACGUGGUGAAGACCAAAGUACAACAAAGGGCAUUAUCCGGAGAGCAAUAUCGUAGCGCAUUGGAGACGUUCACUCGUCUGGUGCGAGGGACCGACCCAGAUAAACCGAAACCUAUCUACCUCGGCCUUGCGCGCCUGUAUCGUGGCCUUGGUGUAAGCGCUUCAAGGAGUAUCAUAACCCAUGGAGUCCUUUGGACUAUGUUCGACAAAGUUGGAGUAUUGAUUGAUUCACUAUAA